UUUGCUUUGGAUCUCAAUCACCGCUCCAUAAUCAGCAGCCCCCGAUCUCACUCUGCACAGCCUUUAAAAGCCCACCCCGUCCCUGCCUUCUCCCUCACAAUCCACCGCCGUAGCAAACACUUUCUCAGCGACGACGAUCGAGCAGCUUGUGCGUACACAGCCACAGCCAGUGUUUCGGCUUGAGAGCAGCGGAAGUGUCCAAGCUAGCGGGGAGAUUAAUGGAGAUGGCGGUUAACGGGAGGGACACCGAGCAGUACCACCUCGGGCUCGGUCUCGGGCUCAGUCUUGGCAUGGCCGGGACGACGUCGCCCGUCGAGCCAGCGGCACCACAGCGUACUCCGACCGGGCAGCAGCAGAGCUGGACCGGCUCCGGCCUAUUCUCCCCAGUUUCCUCCGGCGAGCAGCGCACGCAUGCGGACGAUCGGAGGCUGGCGGCUUUGGCCUGCCACGAGAUGCCGUUCCUGCGCGGGAUCGACGUGAACCGGGCGCCGGCCGCGAGGGGCAGUUGCGGCGGGAGCGAGGACGAGGAGCCCGGCGCGUCGUCGCCCGACAGCACGCUGUCGAGCCUCAGCGGCAAGCGGGGCGCGCCGGCGAGGAGCGGCGGCGGCGGCGGGGAGCUGGAGCGCGCCGGCGCGGGCAGCGACGACGAGGACGACUCCGGGGCCGCCGGUGGCGCCGCGUCGCGCAAGAAGCUCCGCCUGUCCAAGGACCAGUCCGCCGUGCUCGAGGAGAGGUUCAAGGAGCACAGCACCCUCAACCCCAAACAGAAGGCGGCUCUGGCGAGGCAGCUGGGGCUCCGCCCACGUCAGGUGGAGGUGUGGUUCCAGAACCGGCGGGCCAGAACGAAGCUGAAGCAGACGGAGGUGGACUGUGAGUCCCUCAAGCGCUGCUGCGAGACGCUGACGGAGCAGAACCGGCGGCUGCAGCGGGAGGUGCAGGAGCUGCGCGCGCUCAAACUGCUCGCCCCGCCUCCACCUCCGCCGGCACACCUCUACAUGCGCGCGCAGCCGCCGCCGCCGACCACGCUCACCAUGUGCCCUUCGUGCGAGCGCGUCGCUCCGUCCGGCGGCAAGCCGGCCGUUGUCGAGAGCCGUCCGGCGCCCACCGGGCCUUGGGGCCCCGUCCAGAUGCUUCCCGUGUUCGUGGGCAGGCCGGCCCAGAGGUCGUGAUGAGCGGACGUGUCCUCUCGCGCGCGUGUGAGACAGAGUAGAGAUCAGUACCAGGUUGCAGCUUACCACUCCAGUGGAGAGUGAUCGAUGUUGCUAAAAUUAGGCGUAGUAGUAAUUAGGUUGGCUACAAAAAGGAGAGAGUAAUUAGGGACAGAAUCUUGCUUCAUUUUGUUUAUACUGUAUGUGUCUAGUUUGAGGUAUCCUGUAUAAGUGAUGCAAUGGGGGUUUUGCACUUCUGCAUACGGUUAGCUUAUCAUGUACUCCCUACUAGUAUUUGCCUUGUAAAAACAUAUAAGUGAACAAAGAUGUUUUAUUUUGAGAUCA